AUGAUCAGUCCGACGAACGUUCUCCUGGUUGCCAUCGCCUGUUCGGACAUGUUGACCGGAUCCACUCCUGUUCCGUUCUACCUACACUUCUACGCCACGAACCUCCACAAAGACUGGCUGCCGUACAACUGGUGUGCCACUUACCAGUACUUGACCGAGUACUUGCCCACCAUAUUUCACACUUCUACAAUCUGGCUGACCGUGGCGCUGGCAGCACAGCGUUACAUUUACGUGUGCCACCCUGUCAGAGCCAAGCUUGUUUGCACUAUCAAAAAUUUUGCCAAUAAGUGUACGAUAAUGCGUACCUACUUGUCUCUAAGCGGUGUGUGCAUAUUUGCAAAUUUCUGCCUUAAUCUCGUGCACUGCUCAUGGUCUGACGGAGAACAAAUAUUGGAGGAGUGCUUGAAUAAACACGGAUCAUCGAUUGCUCAUUGUACUGCGGAACAACAUUUAUACUUGUCCGGCCCAUAUCUAUUAUUCAUUAAUUACUUGGCGACGUUAAUUCACUGA